AUGCCCGAUAAAAUCAACGCGAACAACUCGUGGAACUUCGCCCUCAUCGACUACUUCCACGAAAUGUCCCUGCUCAAAGAGGGAGACGGCGUCAACUUCCAGAAGGCUAGCUGCACGCUAGACGGCUGCGUCAAGAUCUACACCAGCAGAGUCGACAGCGUUGCGACCGACACGGGCAAGCUGCUCAGCGGACUCGCCGAGAAUGUGGGCAAGAAGCGGAGAGGACACGGCGACGAUGCCGAUGGGAGCGACGAGGACGAGGGCGACGGCGAGGAGGCUGAAGCCGGAGAGCAUGGCCAGAAGAAGCGCAAGAAGAGGGCUGCUCGCUCUGCAGAAGCCACGCUCGCGUCGUCCUUUGCCCAACUGCAGAACAAGAAGAUGGAGCUCGAGUUCUCGGUUGAUCCGCUCUUCAAAAAAGCCUCGGCCGACUUUGACGAGGGCGGGGCCAAAGGACUCCUUCUUAACCACCUGGCUAUAGACGGGAGCGGCAGGAUUGUCUUCGACAGCAGCGAUGACGCCAACGAUGCCGCCACCCAAGAUUCACUCCCCACUCAUGACCAUCAACUGGCCCCCGACGCCAUCGAUGUUGACAUAUCCGGCCUGACUGCCAAGUACUUCCACGAUCUUUCCCAGCUCGACCGGCAAGACGUGUGUCCGUCGAUGAAGACGUUCGAUCUCGGCGAUGUGAAUGGCUCUAUGGACCUUCCCUUCCUCAAGGCUGCUGACAACUCCUCCGGUGAAGACGGAGCCAAGCACGGAGACGACAACGCAGGCAGCCAAUCAGGUCUUUUUCUCGGCGACGAUAACCCCAUGGAAUUUGACGACGACCAUGACCUGAAUAUGGGCGGGUUUGAUCUGCCUCCAGAGACGGGCUUUGGCGAAGGCGGGGAGAUCUGGGCUCGUGAGGCUAUCCAGCAUCCACAAGCUCGCAUCCACACCAUGGACCUGAAUGGCGACGAGAACACAGACAGUGCCGACGCUCAGUAUGGCGUGUCCAUGAUGCACGGCCGCGACCAAGAACAAGAGAACAUCCUUAGCUAUUUUGACCAAGCUCUUAAGAAGAGCUGGGCAGGGCCUGAGCACUGGCGCAUCUCACGCGUCAAGCAUUCCGCAAAGACAGCACCGGCGACGAAACGGAAGGAAAGGGAGCCAUUCGAGAUCGACUUCACAGCUCCAAUGACACAGACACUAGCAGAUGUGCUCUACACGCCUGCGACAUCCAACUCCGCGAUAUCUCUACCCAAAGCACAAUGGAAGUCCAGGUCGCGCAACCUUCUCCCAGACGACAAGCACUUCAACUCCAAACAGCUGCUGCGUCUUUUCCUUAAACCCAAGGCGCGUAUGGGCUCACGCAAGGGAGGACGCCGUGCACAUGCACUCCCUGGAGAUUCAGCACGCGUGGACGAAGCAUACUGGGCUGAUCAGGGUCAAGAAGGCGACGGUGACGAUGCACAGGGAAACUACGACGCCGACUUUUUCCAGGAUGAUGGUCUCCAGAUACCUAGUGGCCCUCUCGACGAUGACGAUGUGUUUGCAGAUGCGCGCGAUCACUUCUCGCCGCCGCCUGACGCACCUGAAGCUACACUACCACUCGACGGCAUGCAACCGGGUUCGCAGACCGACGCAUUCGGUGCUCAGCUAGUGACGCAAAGCCGACGAUUUCGGCCUGAAUACGUCCAGUACGCAAGGGUCGCAAAGAAGGUGGACGUGAAAAGACUAAAGGACGAACUCUGGCGGGGUAUCGGGUUCGAUGGCGUAAGUUGUAUCUAG